UCUAUAUCUGUGAAUAUUUCUGUUUCGUAGAUACGUUCAUUUGUGUCAUAUUUUAGAUUCCACAUAUAAGUGAUAUCAUAUGGUAUUUGUCUUUGUGACUUACUUCGCUUUAGUGUGAUAAUCUCGAGGUCCAUCUGUGUUGCUGCAAACUGUGCCUCAAUUUCUAAUAUUAGUCAAAGAGGAUUGGUGAUGAUCAUGGCAUAUACUUCAUAGGGUCGUUUCGAGGAUUAAUGUGAGUUAACCUCUGUUAAGCACCUAGAAUAAGACCUGGUGCAGCCUUGGCCUCCAGGCAUGUUCCACUCAAACACGUCCUCCACAAGCAGCUGGAGUGAUGGCUCUAGGGUUCUGCUGGCCAGAUCCGGCCUCUGCUUAAAUUUCAUCGUGAUGACUAGAAGCUCCUGUCAUCUACAAGAUAAACUCCAAGUGCCUUAUCAUUGUGAACAAGGCUCUCCUCUCCAGCUCCAAUUGACCCCCUGGGACCAUGGAAUGACUGGUAGUUUCUUGCACAAUUCAUGCUAGGUCUAACCAUCAAGCAAUGGCUAGAAUGCUCUCCUCCAAACUUUCACCUUGUUAAAAGAGCUCUACUUUUAAAGGAACAGCCUUUUAAGAACCCACAGGAAUGUUACUUAAAAAGCAAGGCUGCAGACGUCAUACCUUACAGAAAACCCUCCAGAUUCUUUAUCGUGGCCUCAUCUGUGCACAACUAUUUCUAAGAUUUGACCCAGGUUUAGUCUGCCUCCGAUGGCUCUCCUCUUGACACUAAUAUCACUUUCUAGCCAUCCACCAAUGUUUGGACAGCCACUGAAGUACUACGGGUGCUAAUAUGGCAAUGGGGACACAGAGGGCUCCCAGGGCUGCCACAUACAGUUGUGCAGGUGGUGCCCUAUGAUUCAAUUUAUCAUAGCGCUUACACAUGGUUUUAUAAGUAUUUUUACUUCUCUAUCUCCACCCUCAAUACUCUCAGCAACACAAAGAAAAAAAGGUUUUAAAUUUAACUUUCUGUCCUCCGCACCCAGCGCAGUACUUGGUAUGCAGCACGUUUUAAAGUCCUCUCAGGAGAAUGCCUUGGGGUUGGAGAAUUGUUUUUAAUGUGUUACAAUCAUAGUCACAAUAGCUUAUAAAUUGUUUUGAAUGAAUGACAUUUAAGUUCAUAUUAAAAUAUUUAUUCCAAUAACUCAGUACUGUGGGAACUAUGCAUUCUGACUGAUAUGAAAGCUUAUCUAUCACUUAAUCUGUAUUAGCUUCAAGGGAAGAAAAAUGACAGCUCUGGGAGUCAGGCAACUUUGGCUUUUCUAUUCCCAUCUUUGCCACAGCCUUUCGGUGUGACACUGAGCGAGUCAUCGUCGUCUCCAGAAUGCAAAUAAAAGGAUGGACUCAGUAGUCUCUAAGUCCCUUCAUGGGUGUGAUCAUGGGUUACUUCCGAUCAAGUACCAUGUUCACACAGUAACGUGUUGCACCGCAUUUUAAAGCUGGAUGGGGGUUUAAUGAUCCUCUGGUCUACACUCCUCACUUUACAGGUGCUCUUUGCAAAGUAGAACAGAUGCUAUUAUCCUCCUUUUACAAAUUAAAAUUCUCAGGCCCUGAGGGGGUGAGUCAUUUGCUCUAAAGGAGGGUGAACUCUAGCGCAUAUUCCCGCUACACCACACUGUCAACGAGGCUUUACUGGGUCCAGUUUAGUCUAGUCCACUUUCUGUGGCCUGGUCCUCAAUGCAGAUAGAAAAGCACCAACUGGCAUGUGCUCAGCUAUAGGCCUUCGCAUGCUAACAGCGUUAGGCUGUCCUGGGCCUCCAUUUUCCUCUGAGGGUAGAAAUGCUUCAUUGCGGGGUAAAUGCAAGUCUGGUUCUGGUUUGUUUCUUACCAGAGUGAGAGUCUACAUUGACAAACAUGGAAACCAGGCAGUUUUCCUUGUUGUAAGAGCAGGUUUCUGGGUGACCAGGGUCAGGGGAGAGAGGAGUCAGAACCCAGUAAGUCGUUCUGGUACUGGUUAAUUUGACCGUGCACAUACAGUAACAACGAGAACAAAACCUACAUGUAUUAAGUGUCUAUGUAUACCAAGGAUUUGACAGAUAUUGUCUCAUUUAGAAAAUGAAAUUUCCGAAAAUAGAAGUUUAAGAAACCAGCAAUUUUAGAAAGAAGCUUUAGAGAGGGAAAAAUAUGAUGGCGUCUGGAAGCAGAAAUGGUCUUACGUGGUUUACAAUACAAGGCCUGAAAGCCCACGGUGACGGGGACCACCACAUCCACCUGAGGUCUACUGAGAGCACCCUCCUCUCCGAGUCACAGUCACGUCACCUGCCUCUACCGAAACCAAAGGGUUUUUUUUUUUUAAGGUGGGCUUUGGGGUCUUAAGAGGGAUCUUGGGUCAACCACUUCCUGGUGGCACUACCACUUCCUACCAGGGAAAUCUUUACUGAUUCUUUUAAGCUCUUAGAGCCUCAGUAUUUUUAUCUGUAAAGUGUGUUUUGUUCUUUUUUUAGAUAAAGGUUAGUUAUAACAAUAUAUAAAAUUCCUUGAAUAGAAUCAACAGAUUCUAGGCUUUCCAAUAAGAGUUGAAGGGAGAGAAAGAGGAGAAGGGAAAGGAGAAGUCAUUUAUUACAUUUAUUAUGUUUCAUUAACAUUAUUAUUCUUCAAGAUACGGCUUAGGGUCUUUUAGUAAAUGGCAAAAUUAAGAGCAUUCUUCCACAGAUUACCUGCUUGAGCUAUUUUUCCCCUGAGCCAAGCUAAUUAAAAAAUACCACAAAUGUUCUAAUUACACCAUUGACAUUUCUUUUCGGUAACUGCAAAGGGACUUUAAUAACCAUGUUAAAGGACACAUUAAUAUGAAAUGUAACUCACUGUGAGUCUGAUGUUCAUACUAAUUUCUGGAAUUAGUGGCACAGAGAAUAAGUUGCUUUUGUGGGACAAAUGGGGAAUCUGAGACCCCCUUUCCAAAGCACAGGGUCUAUGUCUCCGAGCAUUAGGAAGUGAAGCAAACUAGCAAGACCAUCCAACUUAACAGAUUCAGCGGCAUUUGGAGCUAUGGUGGGGAAAACAGGCUCCCUAGUUAAUUUCACACUUCCUCUAUACAUUUCAAAAAACAAGGUGUGACUCUGCAGCUGGAUAUUCAAAAGACCUUCAGAAGGCUAAAUGCCAGGUACUUUCCAAACUUCCCUGCCCUAAAGGAGCUUUCUGUUUCCCCGUGUCUGUUUGCUGGGGGAAAUCCCAAACUGCUCAGUUAAAGCUAGGGCUUUAAGCUUCUCGAAGGAUAUUUCCUGCUCAUUAUGGCUCUGGGUUUACUGGAGCUGUUGGCUUUUGUCAUUCUCGGUGUAGGAAUGCUGGGGGCUUGUCUGCACUCUGCAAAACCCAAGGAAAUUUGCUAAAGAGGAAGGAAAGGAGGAAAUGGGCGUCCAAGGUGUGCCUGUGUUCCCUCCUCCCAAGAGCCGCAUGCAGUAAGAGCCGUUGUCUGCGUUUGACAAAUGAAGAAUCCAAGCUCAGAGGGGUUACCUUGUCCCUAGAGCACACCGCUUCUCCAGCAUUGCACCCCCUCUGCUCCGAAAUCUCUAAGCGGUCGUGGCCCCUCUGGGGCACUCUGCACCUCUCUACCAGGCCCCUCACCACCACUUCCUUGCUGCAGAUUGCCCUAGGUUUGUUUUUCUUCGCUCCCUCAUUAAUGAGUUCCACAGGACAUGCUAAGUCUAGUUAUGCAGCUUUAAUUGGUUUAGUUACAACAAGAUAAUUCCUUUUUUCUUCUCUCAGAGGCCUUUCUGUUUAAAGACAUUUUAGCUGGAAGAUGCUAAUUAUCAAUGAGGAGAAAGUGACACCUGAAGAGUUCAUUCUCCAUCUUGGUCCUUGGUUUCUCCUUUGAACUCCCUCUACCCGGCCCUUGUUCCCACUUCAGCACUUCUCCCCGACCAUCAUAAAAGAGACCUCUGCCCUGGCCGGGCGGCAAAACUUUCCUUCUCACUUGCCACGGAGUCGUUCUCUCUGCAGUUGUGUCGCAGGCAUGGACAGCCUGCGUGAGACCUUCCUCAGCCUCGAAGAUGGCUUGGACUCCUCCGACAGCCCUGGCCUGCUGUCCUCCUGGGACUGGAAAGACAGGGCAGGGCCCUUUGAGCUGACCCAGGCCUCUCCCACCCAGAGCCUCUCUCCGGCCCCAUCGCUGGAGUCCUAUUCUUCUCCUUGUCCGGCUGUGGCUGGGCUGUCCUGUGGGCAUGGAGGUGCCAACAAUGGGGGCGGCGAUGACUGCGGCGGCCUUGGGACUGGCGGCCUGGUGGAGGUGGGCUAUGAUAUGUUAGCUUUCCAGCCUGCCUAUCUGCAGGGUGCUGGUGGCCCCAAAACCCCGAAGGGCACCAAAGUCAGGAUGUCUGUUCAGCGGAGACGGAAGGCCAGCGAGAGGGAGAAGCUCCGGAUGAGGACCUUGGCCGAUGCCCUGCACACCCUCCGGAAUUACCUGCCACCCGUCUACAGCCAAAGGGGCCAGCCGCUCACCAAGAUCCAGACGCUGAAGUACACCAUCAAGUACAUCGGAGAACUCACAGACCUUCUCAACAGCGGGGCCCAGAGCACCUGAGCUCGGCCCAGGGACUCAGGGACUUACCACCCAGCCCCCUGGGUGGGGGCAGAGGACCUUUAAAGACCUGGACCACCUCACGGCACAACAGCACCUGCUUAUCGUUAUACAGUGAGCGUGGUGACCUUGUUGUCUGAAAAGUUCUAAGGGAAUUCCCACUGGACUAGUCAGGACCACCAGAACACUUAACUGACAGUCAGCAGGUACUUUUGCUUCCAGUUUUCCCACCAUUUCUCAAGAGACUUGCCCUUUGCAAAGAGACAGUUGGCUUUACCCUUUUCUGUCUGUUCGAGGUAUUUUAAAGGGUCAGUGAUUUCAAAUGUAUUUUUUCAAUCGUGUAAAAUUGUUACAAUUAAUCUUCUCCUGCCAUUUUGGGGGGGGGUAGUUUUCUUUCUGUUGCUAACUAAACCUGUAUUUUGUACGGGAUCCAGGGUGACACCUGGAUUCUUACUUAGAAAGAUUAGUGUCAAGUAAAGGGCUACAGCGCUCCUGUUUUAUUUUGUUCGUGUGCGUGUGUGUGUGUGUGUGUGUGUGACUAAAAUCAGGCCUUUGCUUUUGCAGGGAACAAAAUCACUUAAAUGCAGAAGAAAUUAGUGACAUGGUAAAUAGAAACUCACAGGCAGACAGACUACAUUAAGACAGACUGGAGAGUUUAAAGACCAGCCCCUUCUCUCUUAAGGGAAAGAAAAGGAGGCUUUACAGGGCUUUUGGAGCCAGAGGAGGAAAAGGGGGAAGACUCAGCAUCACAGCCGGGGCUUGAAUAGAGCUGGGAGGGUGGGCUCUCCCUGAGCCAGGCCGGGUGUGAAUAUGACCUCACUGAAUCCCUUCACUUACUCAUUUCUCAAAUGAAGAGAUUGGCCCAAAACUCUAGUUUGAGUCUAGAGAUAAGUGAAAGGGUCAGGAUUAGAACUCAAGUCUCUGUCUAACCCUCCAAAGGGAUUUAUUUCUUUAGCCAUAGCUCCUUCUCCUACACCCCCCAAAUCACCUCACAUGCACGCCCGCACAAACACACCCC